AUGAAUCCUCGAUUGGGUUUUAGAAUCAACUAUCGCACCAACAUAGUGAACUUGAGUCAUUCAGCAUUUUUUUGUUUAAUAUUUUUCUUAUAUAUCACAUUUUGUUAUACUUGGACUGGAAGAGUCACUCUUAAAUCGCAUUUAAACCCAUAUACAAACUAUAAAAAUAAUUUGGUGCCAUCUUCUAUAAAGAAUCACCAUGAAUUUAAGAGUAACGCACUUGAAGACUUAACAAAUAAAGUUUCUGGACUUAAAGAUGUCCUGCAACAAAAAUUUGGUCUCUCAAAUGAGCUCACCACAACUGAAAACGCACAAGUGUCAAAAUAUGAAGGAGAACCGGCUGAACCAAAAAAAGUUGAAGAAUCACAAGAACUGACUUUAUCCGGUGAACAGACAUACCCGUUUCAAGCAGAAGUCAGUAGAGUAAUGGACAUAAUAGUGAAUUCUUUAUACACAGAUAGAGAUAUAUUUCUAAGAGAACUUGUCUCGAACUCGGCAGACGCACUAGAUAAAAGAAGAUUAAAGGCAGACCCGGAAGAAAAAAUACCAAAAGAAGCAUUUGGAGGGAUUAGAAUAAUGCCAAAUAAGGAACUUAGCACACUAACCAUUGAAGAUGAUGGUAUAGGAAUGACAGCAGAAGAACUUAAAACAAACCUAGGAACAAUAGCAGAAUCAGGAACAGCUAAAUUUUUAGAACAGAUUGAAAUAACGGGAAAUAAUAACCUAAUAGGACAGUUCGGAGUUGGAUUUUACUCAUCAUAUUUGGUGUCAAAUAAAGUGGAAGUGUUUUCAAGAGCAUACGGACAAGAAAAUGGACCAGUAUAUAGAUGGAAGUCAGAUAGUAACGGAACGUAUACAAUAGGGAAAGUGGAAAACCAAGAAUUAAACGAGAAAUUUAUGAAAUGUGGAACAAGAAUAGUGUUACACCUGAAACCAGAAUGUGAUGAUUAUUUAGAAGAUUAUAAACUUAAGGAACUGUUGAGAAAGUAUUCAGAAUUCAUCCGUUUCCCAAUACAAGUAUGGGUUGAAAGAAUAGAAUACGAAAGAGUGCCGGACGAUGCAACAAUUGUGGACGGAAAGGCUGGAAGAUACAAGACAGUGACAAAGAAAAGGCAUGAAUGGGAAGUGGUGAAUACACAAUUACCAAUAUGGAGAAGAGAUCAAGCAACAAUAAAGCCAGAAGAUUAUAUAUCAUUUUAUAAAUCAACAUUUAAGGCAUAUGAAGAUCCACUAAGUUAUAUACAUUUUAAAGUGGAAGGACAAGUAGAGUUCACAUGCCUGCUUUUCGUGCCAGGGACGCUGCCAUGGGAGCUGAGCAGGAACAUGUUCGAUGAAGAGUCGAGAGGAAUCAGACUCUACGUUAAGAGAGUGUUCAUCAACGAUAAGUUCUCAGAGUCAAUACCAAGAUGGCUUACAUUUGUAAGAGGAGUAGUAGAUUCAGACGAACUGUCGUUGAAUGUAGGAAGGGAGUAUUUGCAGCGUACAAAGGCAUUGACAGUAAUCAACAAGAGAAUAGCGAGCAAAGCUAUAGAUAUGCUGAAGAAUCUCAAAAACAACAAAGCACGCUUCCAAAAGUUCUGUGAAAACUAUGGAAAGUAUAUUAAAAUAGGAGUAGUGGAGGAUAGAGAUAACCAGCAAGAGUUGGCAUCAUUAACAACAUUUAGAAGUACGAAGGAAAAAUCAACAACACUGGACGAUUACAUACAGAGAAUGAAGAAAGAACAGCCAGCAAUAUACUUCAUAUCAGCAGAUAGUGAACAGUCAGCACAAAAUUCACCAUCACUAGAAAAGUUCAAUCAGCUAGAUUACGAAGUAUUGUAUUCACUGGAGCCAGUAGAUGAGUUCUGCCUCUCAUCACUAAUGGCAUCCAAAUAUAAGGGAAUAAUGAUACAAGAUGUAAAUAAACAUGAUGUAAAGAUUGGAGAGAGUAAAUCAUUGACAGAAACAAGUACAACAGAAGGAACAAAAACAGAAGCACCAAGAGGAGAUUUCGAAAUGCUCUGUAACUGGCUUAAAACAACAUUUCCAGAAAGAGUACAAGAAGUAAAGGUUAGUAGUAGGCUGGUAGAGUCACCAGCACUACUAGUGCAGGCAGACUUUGGCCUGUCACCGAGUAUGCAGAAGUAUAUGAGACAACAAGCAACCAGCGCAGGAAUGAACGAAACUGAAAUGUUUGGAACAUCACUGGUAUCAAAACCUGUUCUUGAAAUCAACGCACAACAUCCAAUAAUAAUCAACCUAGAAAAAAUGCUAAAGGUCGACUCACUCCGGGACAGAAUGAAGGAAAUUGCAGCACAAUUACUAGACGUAGUGUCAAUCCAGGGAGGAUAUUCAAUAGAAGACCCGAGCUCGUUUGCAAAGGGAAUAAUUAAAUUAAUGCAAAAUGAAGCAAAACACUACUUAGACGAUCCAGCUGAAACAACGCCCGUAACAAAGGAAACUCUGAGUGAAUUCUCUUCAUCAAAACAAAAUGAAGCAUGUGAAUUGAAAUCUAAUAGCGAAUCAAAUGAAGUUGAUUCAGGUUCCGACCAGGUUUCAAAAGUUAUGGAUAAAACAACAUCAACUAAUUUGGGCAAUGAAAAGGCAGAACAAACAACUAAAGAACAGGUAGAAGAACUCUCAAAUACUCUUAAAGAUAAUGAAAUGGGUUUAAAAGAUCCAAAAGAGGAAUUUAAUGAAGGGUCCAAUCUAGUUAGAAGCACGUCAGGCCACGUAGGAACCCACACCCUAGACCUUGUAUAA